UUAAAAAUUCAUCAUUUAACAUUAAACACCUCGAAAAAUCGAUUAUCAAAUCUAUUUGGUAAUUAACAAAAAAAAACACCUUCAAUUUCUGGCGAUUAAAGCCAAUUCCAAAGUUGGCGAUCAUAAAUCACAAACCGACGACGGGUACUAAUCAAAAAGAUUUACAACUUUCCAUCGAAGAUAAGUUUCUUAAAAUUUUGCUUUCAAAACACUUGAGAGACAUAUUUUUCGCCCCAACGGAAUCGCCAGUCAUCAGUUUACUCGCAACCCUCGCGAAAACAAAUCGACUGACCGACACAAUGUCGCUGAAAGGUAAACUAUUGCCAAUGAAGCUAUUGCUCCUGUCAUGGGGCACCCUGAGUAUUAUGGCCACCCUGCCAACGGCCACCAAGUGUGAUACGUCAUAUUAUGAGAAAUACUAUUCGGCCAGGAGAUUUUUACCCCUCAAGAAACCCUCUUUGGUGGAGGUCCAUUUCCAGUUACAGCUACAGGAUGAGAAAUUGCAAGAAUUUGAAAAAAUGGCCAUUGUGGGAGAUAUUGACCAGUUGGGUAACUGGAAGGCCAGCAAGGCAGUGGUUAUGAAUAAAACUUUGGAUUUUGGAAAAUGGGAGGCGGUACUACAAAUACCAGUCAACUCUUCCUUCAGCUAUCGUUACUUUGUGGCUGCCCAGGAUAGGGCGACCUCUGACCUGCUAAUUCGCCGUUGGGAAUCUGCCCUGAAUGCCAGAUCGUUGAGUGUCACCACCGUGGCCGUAAAUCAAACGGAUAAUUUUGGUUACAUCUCCUCCUCCGGGGAGAAGGAGUUACAACGGGGCUGGCUUAACUCGGGGCAUAUUGUGCAGUUUAAAUUGUUCCGUAACCCCUUGGCAUUGAAUGAGUCCCUGGGAACGAGUCAACAACAAUUGAGAAUCAAACUAACCCCCGUAGAUCCGGAAUGGCGUACCGCAAUUUCCCCCUCCGGCCGAGCCUACACGGAAUAUGUACGCAUGGAAUAUGGUAACAGUUUCUUGAGGACCCAACCCGAACAUGGUGUGCUUUACAAGGAGGAUGGUAUCAUCAUGUUCCACACCACCGUCAGUGAUUUGGCCAAGGUGGGAUAUCUAUUCCAGCUCUAUGUGGAGGAUACGGACAAUGACCUAUAUCGCCUGGUGGGCUAUCAGUAUCUGGAACCCGAGUUGCUGGUCAAAACUGAUGGGGAAUUGGAACUGAGUUUGGUCUCCCCCACCUGGAUGAAUGCCAUCGGAUCGCUGAAGCUAAAAUAUGUGGUGGUUCACCCCUCACCCAAUUCUAGUGUAGAUUUCCGUACCUCUUUUGUGGAAUAUUGGCGUGAUAACUGGACCCAUUUGGAGGCGGGCCAUCGAGGUUUGGGAAAAUCUUUGAAGGAGACCACCAAUGCCGCUCCCAUUAUUGAAAAUACCGUGGCUACCAUGAUUGCCACCGGCGAAUUGGGCGCCGAUAUUGUGGAAUUCGAUGUCCAGCUGACCAAGGAUUUGAUACCAAUUAUCUAUCACGAUUUCUCCGUUUUUGUUUGCAUUGAGUCCAAAACCCCCACCAGCAAGGAUGACCUUACCGAGGUCCUUAUCAAGGAUGUCACCUAUGAGCAACUUAAAGAUUUGACUACCUAUCAGGUGAUUGGUUCGAAAAUCAUUGAAUAUCCCUCCCAUAAUUCGGUGAAGGAUGAAAAUCAUCGCCUCUUCCCUACCUUUGAAGAUUUCCUCACCAAGGUGAAUAAAUCGGUGGGUUUUGACAUUGAAAUCAAAUGGCCCCAGCUCAAGAGCAAUGGGGUGUGGGAGAGCAAGCAGACCAUAGAUAAAAACGUCUACAUUGAUCGCAUCCUGGCUGUCAUGAUGGAACAUGGUUGUGGCCGCCUGUCAUUCUUUACCUCCUUCGAUGCCGAUAUUUGUACCAUGCUGCGUUACAAGCAAAACAUGUAUCCCGUUAUGUUCCUCUCCUCCAGCAAAGAGGCCAAUUUUGUGGAUCCCCGCUCAGAUACGAUUUAUGACUCCGUGAACAAUGCCCAGGCCUUCGAGUUGGCUGGCAUUGUGCCCAAUGCUGUUUUUAUUAAAAACAACCCAGCCUGGAUUGAGGUUGCCCGGGCCCAACAGAAGAAGGUUUUCCUCUGGGGUGGUGAUCUCAAGGAUCGUGAGUCCAUCGAUUGGUUCUUGGCCCAAAAUCCCACUGGGGUGAUUUAUGAUCGCAUGGACUUAUAUUUGACCGCCAAUCGUACCAGUGCCUUUGAAAAGGAGCCGGAUUUGCCCGAGUUCUUUGAAUUGCAGUGCUCUCCCUCUGGAGGUCAGGGCAGUGGGGAGAAUGCCACCAUUACCCAGAUUUUAAGUAAUGUCAAUAUGUUGUAAACCAAUGAAAUUAUUGUAUAACAAAAGUGAACAUUUUUAAUAAAAGUAUUUAGAAAAAAGUUGGGUUUUUUGCAUA